AUGAAGAAAUUCUUAAAAGACUUUUUCGCAGGUUCUCGGAGUGGUGACGAUCAAUCUCAUGAGGUUCCUCCCAUUGAAGAGUGGAAGAAGGAACAUUUUGUCAAAUGGCUCCAUGAGAAGGAAUUCAACGAUUUUAUUGUGGAAUCCGUGAGAGAGAGCUCUUAUUUUGAUGAAGUGGUUGAUUUUACAAAACUCACUCUUCAUGAUUUGGUUGUGGUCUUGCCCAACGAUUCUGCAGUUGAUGUUCUCAAUGCAUUGGCCGGUGAUUACCCUUUGCUGUAUGAAUCUGUAAAAAUCAGCAAUAAUUUUGAUAAUUAUUUACAAAGCUCCGAUUCGGUUCAUGUGGUGCGUAUGGACACCAUGACUCAAGCUCUACAGAAUUUACCAAAAAGCAACAAUGUUAGCAAUGGAAAAUAUCAACAACGAACAAGCUCGAGUGAUUUGGAUUUCAACAAUAAGAACCCUUCUGUAGCAACCGAAAAUAACAUCAUCACGUACGAAGAGAACAAGUCUUCUCCUCGUAACUCCGAUGAAGAAGAUGGAUCAUCUCCGACCUCAGCCCGAAUCACUCAUUCCAAACACGUGGAAGUGAAUACUGCUCUUAUUGAGAACUUUUUACAGAGAAAGAGAAACAUAUUUACUGACAAGACCAUUUCCUUCUCAGUGGUUGGAAAGGAUGCCAAUCUUGCCAAGGACAUUGAAUUUCCAGCAUGUCACAAUGAAAAUUUUUCAUUAGCACUUCCAAAAUUUACCAAGCUCUCUGCUCAAGAAGGUCACUAUGUCGAGAAGGUGAUUGAAAAACUGAAAGCUAUGGAACUGAACUGCUCAAAUGACGAGGAAAAAAUUGAAGAAAUUGCACAAAAUUUGGCAAUACCUGAAAGAUUUAAAUAUAUUUAUUUGAACCCAGAAAAUAUUGACAUCAAUGCAUUGGAUAGCACAAGCGAAAAGCCAUACAUGACCAUUCAACUUUUAUUGAACUAUAGGAGUGAUCUCAAGGAUGAAGAGUGCCCUGUAGGAGCCUUCUACUUUUCUGUUGCCAUUGGAUUGUUUUGCAUUGAAUGGAACGAUCAAAGCGUGGCGUGUGUACGAAGAAGAGACAUCACCAACUCGGAAUUUAUUGAAAUUGAAACCAUUUACACCCUUUACGAAAUUGAUGCUUUAAUGACUACUGUGUCAAAGGUCUGCACCGAGUGGAAUUCAACCAGAAAAUUCGACAUCAAAAAGUGCAACCAACAACACUUUGUAGUUGACAUGCUCCACCGAUUGAACAUAAUGUCUGUUAUUAAUCAUAAUCGUUUCUACGAGGCGACAGAAACAAAGAAAAAGAAGAGAACCAAGAUCAAGCAAGCAUUCGCUCCUUAUCUUAAUUAUGGAUAUUUUGGAACAUGGAUAUCAAUUUCUGCAUCUUUAUGGUACAAAUUACUAUCAGAAAGUGAAAAUAAUAAUAUCAGUGAAGAGUUAAAGCAAGCAUUACUCAAUGCCAUUUUCGAAGAAGAAAUUGCCACUCCACCCACAGAAAUCGAUUUGGCAAGCAUCCAAAACAGUAUUUCCAACGAUGACAAACUUGUCAUUAUUUGUUUCCCAACUCCAUCUUGCAUUAAAGAAUUUGGAACAUUGACCACAAAUUUCGGCAUGAAAACGGAAACAGAACCAAAUUUCACCUUGUCCCUUUUGAGAGUUUUUAACAAAUCCAUGAAAGCAGAGUCGUCUCUUGUUGGUGAUGAAUUAUCAAGUAACAACAUGAUUUCUAUCAAACCAUCUUGCUGUUUGAAUGGUUAUACACUUUCUCCUCCACGUAGAUGA